ACUUCCAAAUAGAGAAGCCAAUGCUGCAACUCUUCAGCUCUACAAAGCUCUGAACAAACCCAAAAAUGGCAGAAACCUCAUACCCCCUACCCCUACCCUACCCCCAAACCCACUAUCAAUAUGCUUCCAGUUAUUGGUCAGUUGACCCACCCCCCCAGUCCUCUGGUCACGUGACCCACCCCACCCUUCUCUCUCACACCUUUUAGCAGGCAAAAAAAGAACUGUAACGUCAAUUUGAAAAACUUCUCUCUCUUCUCAACUCUCUUUCUCUCUCUAAAAGCUUAUAAUCUGAGUUUCUGAGUUUGAAUUCUUGGUGGGUUUUGAGAAAAAAUGGAGUAUUCUUCUUCAGAAAAUCUGGAUGAUGGAGAGUUAUGGCUACCUUCUGAUAUUUUUCCAGUAGAAGAAACUGUUUCUUCUACUAAUAAUAAUAAGCUCAGUUCUUCUCUUUGCUGUUGUUACUCUUGUGUUCUUCUUCUUCGUCAUCAUCAUCACAAUAAUCAUAGCUCCAUUUUCAUGGCUGAACAAGAAGUAUCUGCUGCUAUUUCACUUCUUCAAUACCGUACUCAUAAUACCCACAGUGUUCCAAAGCCAUUUCCCAUUACUGAGCGGCGGUUCAGACCGGCUGAGAGGUGCUGUAGCUGUACGGAUUGUUCAAUUUCAGAGUAUUUUGAACGGAAUAGAAGAGGAAGAGAGCUGCUUCUAACCGGUCCACCACCGGUUUAUCCACCGGUUCAACUUCAACACCAGGUUGAGAGUUUGAUGGAAGCAAGAGCUCUGAUUUUACAGAAGGAAGAGCAGAACCGGUUCAUCAGAAUGCAGAGAAGAAAUCCCGGCCUAGACCGGGUCGCCGGAAACCGGGUUUCGCCAUUUGUGGGAGGCGGUGGCAGUGGCGGUGGUUUUAAUGGUGAAAGUAGUUCUGUGAGAGAUUAUGGUGGAACUGGUGUCUUCCUCCCUAGAAUACCCACCAAUAUCAACAACAAUGGUAGAAAGAGACCAGGUGGUAAAAAUAGGCAAGAUGUUCAACAAACUAAUCAGAGAUAUCCAUGCAUAUGAGAAAUGGCAAAAACCUAAAGAAUUGGACCUAUUGAUAUAUAGUAAUUUGAUCUUUAGAUAUAGUAAUUUGGUAGAUUUAAAUAAUUGAACUUAGCAUAUGGUUGUGUGUGUAAUUUUUAUCUAAUUACCAAUUGUCUUUUUGAGGGAAAAUGGUGGUGUCUUUUGGCAAAAGGGCCUGUUUUUAAAUCUUUCCCUUUUUUGGUGUCUACAUAUGGCAAUUGUAAUGUGACUUCUCUUUAAAUAUGUGUAUUAUAAUAAAUGCUUCUAGUUUUGG